AUGAACCGAACUUUAUUUUAGUUCGAUGAACCACAAGAUGACAGAAAAGUAAAAACAAGGAUCAAAUUUUGUAUUUAUAAGAGUGAUUAAUUUGAAUUAGAAUAAUUUUAUAGGAAUUCCAAAUGCUGUAUGAACAGAAAACAUGACAAAUAAUCAGUUAACUUCCAAAUGGAGCUGGACUAGCCUUUGUGGCACUGAGGAAUUUCAAAUAUGGUCUCAAGAUCGUCAUGAUUUUGGACUUUGUUUUCAACAACUAUGUUUUCAUAUACCAGUACUAACCUUAUUAGCUGUUUGUUCUUCCUAUUAUUUUGGACUCCAAAUAGGUUUCGUAAGGAGGAGUAAACUUCAAAAAAUUGCAAUUUUAGCUAGAAGUAUAAUCAGUCUCAUUUUAUUGUUCACUCCGAUAUUACAGAUAUACAAUAGUAUUAAUUCUAAAGAAGAAAAUAAAGAAAACGCCACGUUUUUACUUUGUGCAGUCCAAGCUAUAUCAUGGUGCUCACAUUUUCUUUACACAUUGGGUUUGAGAAAGCGAUUAGGAAAUAAUCCGAGAGGUCCAACAUUUAUGUGUAUUAUAUGGUCCCUUAUUUUUGCUUUAACUGUAGUAUCAACAAGAAGUCAAUAUCUGGAAUAUUUAUUACAUCCAAAUGAGACUACAAAAUUGUCAUUUGUGAUUAGCAUAUGUUACCUCAUUUUACAAUUUCUAUAUGCCAUAACAUUAAUACCUGGUUCUGGAGGCUCUGUCAGCUUAAGUGAGUUAGACCAAUACUCAGAGACACCAGAACGUCAGCCGUUGAUAACUAGCAAUGCAUAUAUACGUUUUGUUGAAGAAGGUGACCCAAGUUAUCUUGGAGUGGCUAUGGAAAAUGUUAACUGGUUCUCUUAUUUAUUCUUUUCUUGGGUUUAUUCUCUUAUAAGAAAAGGCACCGAGGACAAAAUUGUGAGUCCUGAGGAUUUAUAUGAUUUGCCAGUAUCAAUCAACAGUGAUUAUAAUACUAAUAAAUUACAAGCUUAUUUAAAUUUAGAAAAUGAUCCAGAAGCUGUACGAGAAGUUGAGAUUUCUUCACCAUCAAGAAGUUAUAGUUUAUUGAGGGCACUUCAUAAGUGCUAUGCUUUGCAGUUUUAUAGCAUUGGUAUCCUUAGGUUGACUGCCGAUUGUUGUGGUUUUGCCGGACCAAUGUUAUUAAAUAAGUUGGUUAGUUUCAUUGAAAAUAAGUCAGUUGAUAUGAAAUGGGGUUACAUGUACGCUGUAGGACUCAUUAUUACUACCACUUUUGCUGCUCUUUGUGAUUCCCAUUUUAAUUUCUUGAUGUCAGUGGUUGGUCUGAAAAUGCGAGGUGCUAUAAUAAAUAGUAUAUACAGAAAAGUAUUAUCAGUUCGAUCAACAAUUCUUUUAUCAAAAUUGUCUGUUGGAGAAAUAAUGAAUUACAUGUCAACCGAUACAGAUCGUAUUAUGAAUUCUUGUCCAAGUUUUCACGCAUUAUGGAGCAUACCGUUUCAGCUCGUCGUAACUCUUUAUUUGCUUUACGAACAAGUUGGUUUAGCAUUUUUAGCCGGUGGUAUAUUCACCAUAAUACUUAUUCCGAUAAACAAAUUCAUUGCUAACAAAAUAGGACAGCUCAGUACUAAAAUAAUGGAACAAAAAGAUGAAAGGAUGAAAUUAAUGUCGGAAAUUUUAAGAAGUAUCAGAGCAAUUAAAUUGUAUGUUUGGGAACAGCAUUUCGUUCGAAAUAUUACAAAAAAACGAGAUGCGGAACUGAAGUACUUGAAAAGUCGUAAAUAUUUGGAUGCACUUUGUGUAUAUUUCUGGGCAACUACUCCUGUAAUCAUAUCCAUUUUAACGUUUAUCACUUACGUUCUUAUGGGAAAUAAGCUAACAGCUGCGACUGUAUUCACUAGUAUCGCAUUAUUGAAUAUGCUAGUUAGUCCAUUAAAUGCGUUUCCUUGGGUAUUGAAUGGUAUGACCGAAGCUUGGGUAUCAAUAAAUCGCAUCCAAAAAUUAUUAGAUCUUCCUUUCAUGGAUCUUGAUAAAAUCUAUGAUCAAUCUGCUCUAGAUGAAGGAAAUACCGAUAAUGUGAUUAUUAAUGGUACUUUUGAAUGGGAACAGGCGGUAGCCUCUAUAAAAAUUUCAAAAGAAAAAGGUAAAAUGACAAAAACUGUCACUGUUCCAAUUAUAAGUGAACAUGAACAAUCUUCAGCCAGUGAAACAACGGACAAAGUUAUUUUUAAAUUAGUAGAUAUAAAUUUGAAGAUUAAGAAGGGAGAAUUUAUUGGAGUCAUAGGUUCUGUUGGUUGUGGAAAAUCUACACUUAUUUCUUCCAUUUUAGGAGAACUCUCGAAAGAAAGUGGCACUAUUGCGGUGAAAAAUCUCGAAGCAGGAUUUGGUCUAGUUAGUCAACAGCCGUGGUUGCAGAGAGGUACUAUACGAGAUAACAUAUUAUUUGGAAAACCUUAUGAAGAAAAAAAGUACAUGAAUGUUAUUUUUGCUAGUGGGCUAGUUGAAGACCUAAUGAUGUUACCGUCUCGUGACAACACAGAAGUAGGAGAUAGUGGCGGAACUUUAUCGGGUGGACAAAAAGCUAGAAUAGCUCUGGCCAGAGCACUUUAUCAAGAAAAACCCAUAUAUCUUUUGGAUGAUAUUCUUUCGGCAGUUGACGUUAAAGUUGGCAAACAUAUUUUUCAGCAUUGUAUAAUGGAUAUGUUACAACAUAAAACCAGAAUACUAUGUACGCAUAAUGUGAAAUAUUUGUUGCAAGCUGACCAAAUAGUUGUAUUAGAAAACGGGAGAAUCACAACUGUGGGAAAACCCACUGAAGUUCUUCGAAAUAUCAACGACACCCUUUCCGUUGAUUUGGAAUUGGAAGAUUCAGUUUCCACUGGUUUUGGAGAGUUGACUAACUUCGUUAACAUCGAAAAUAUUUUUUGCGAGGAUGAUUCCCGGGAUGAUCAAGAUACUGGAUUAUUUGAAGAAAUUAGCGAAAGAGGCAGUUUGAAUUUUAGUGUCAUAGUUUCUUAUUGGAAAGGUAUUGGACAUUUGAUCAGUUGUUCUAUUUUGAUUGCUUUAGUUGCGAUGCAGUUCUCAAGAAAUUUGACUGACUGGUGGCUAGCCAACGGAGUAACAGAUACAUCUCAGAAUUCCACUACUAACUUUACAUUAUAUCAUGAAGUAACUAGUAUUAGGGAUGAAAACCUGUAUUGGACGAUUUCCACUAACAUGACAACAUUUUUAAAGGUUUACAUCGAAUUUGUGUGUAUUAACACAUUAUUCACAUUGUUGAGGGCAUUUAUAUUUGCCUAUGGUGGAAUAAGGGCUGCGAUCAAAUUCCAUAAAAUGUUGCUACGGACAGUGGUGAAAACCAGAAGCUCGUUUUUUGAUGUCACUCCAAUAGGAAGAAUUAUAAACAGAUUUUCCAGUGAUACAUACACUGUUGAUGACUCAUUACCAUUUAUUCUAAAUAUUUUUUUGGCUCAAUUAUUCGGAUUAAUUGGAUCAGUUUGUGUAACUAUGUAUGGUCUACCAUGGAUAUGCGUAUUUCUAAUUCCAUUAAUUCCGGUUUAUACGUGGUUAUUGAAUCAGUACAGAAUAACGUCAAGAGAACUCAAAAGAAUAUCAAGCGUAACACUUUCACCUAUAUAUAACCAUUUCAGUGAAACAUUACAAGGUCUUACAACAAUUAGAGCAAUGAGAGCUGUUCAAAAAUUCAAACAAGAUAAUGACGAAAAUCUCGAAGCUAACCUCAAAGCCCAAUUCGCAAGUCAAGCUGCGGCUCGUUGGUUAGGAAUAAGACUGCAAUUUAUCGGCGUGGUUAUUAUUACUGGAGUCAGUUUAAUAGCUGUUAUUCAACAUCAGUACGACAUUGCAGAUUCAGGAUUCAUUGGAUUGGCUAUAUCCUAUGCACUAGGAAUAACAAGUGCUCUUAGCGGUUUGGUAAAUUCCUUUACAGAAACAGAACGAGAACUGGUAGCCGUAGAACGUGUUAAUCAGUACAUCGAUUUCAACGAAUUGGAAACUAAAUAUUUUGUUAUGGAUCCUCCUUUUGCGUGGCCAAGUCAAGGUGUUAUUAGUUUCGAUAACGUCUUUUUGCAGUAUAGGAGGCAUUUAAAUCCGUCUCUUAAUCACAUUUCAUUUACUACUAGACCUUAUGAAAAAAUUGGAGUGGUGGGUCGUACUGGAGCCGGAAAAAGUUCACUAAUAUCGGUUUUAUUUAGACUAUUUGAUCAAUAUUCAGGAUUAAUAACUAUAGAUACUGUCGAUAUCAAGAAUAUAUCCCUUGCUGCCUUAAGAUCAAGAAUGUCCUGCAUACCUCAAGAACCAUUCUUAUUCAGUGGAACUUUGUGGGAGAAUCUCGAUCCGCUGGGAGAAUUCAAAGAUUUUGAAAUAUGGAAUGCUUUAGACAGAGUUUAUUUGACUGGUAUAAUCAAAUCACUUGGUGGAUUAAAUUACAAAAUAGACGGAAGCGGUUCAAAUUUUUCUGUUGGACAGAAACAAUUGGUUUGCUUAGCCAGGGCAGUACUUCAUAACGCAAAGAUAAUAUGUAUCGACGAAGCAACUGCAAAUGUGGACGUCGAAACUGAUAGACUCAUACAAAAUACAAUUCGCACUGCAUUCCGAAAUAGUACAGUAAUAACCAUAGCUCAUAGAAUCCAAAGUGUGUUCGACUCAGAUAGAGUGUUAGUCAUGGAUAAAGGAGAGAUCGUGGAAUUUAACAAACCUGAUAUAUUAUUAUCAAACCAACAAUCUUAUUUUUAUAAAUUAGUUGAAGAGAUGUAAGACUAACUGAAAUAUAAAUAUAUUAUUCGGUUAGGUGA